AUGACGCCAACAAGAAGGAGAAUAGAAAUACAACUGCUGUUGUAUUUAGUAAUUUAUUUAUUUUUUUGUUUGUUACAGCCCAGCGAUCAUGAAAUCGAAGCCUCCGAAAUCUGGAAACCAGGAAGGCACGGAAAAACCAUCCGUUCUCCGUCUCCACACAAUGCCUUCAAAAGAUGGAGGAAGGCGAACCAGAACAAAAAUGCCCUUAAUGGAACCAAACGCGGUCCAGAUAUUAUUAAUGUGGAAGAAGAUAUGUCCCUGUUGAAAUUUCUGGCAAUUAAUGCAUUAGAUCUCAGUUUACCCGCCAGCCCUGUCCUAUUAAAAAGCCGCAGUACCAAUUGGUUUCAACUUAGUGGACACCCGGACAGUUUAGCGCCGGCUGGACCAGGCACGGUGUGGAAAAAACGUUCCCCCAAUUCCGACGACACCGAAAGAAUCGUUUACGAGGAGUUAUGCCAGGACCCCAUACUUAAGGACAUCGUACCUAAAUAUUACCGCGAAGUAGAAUACCAAGGAGAGAAUUUCAUCGAGUUACAGGAUCUUCUCCAUGGUUUCCAGGACCCUUAUGUAGUUGACAUUAAAAUGGGAACCAGAACUUUCUUAGAAUCCGAAGUACGUAAGACUGUAGCCAGACCUGAUUUGUAUCAAAAAAUGGUAGCUAUCGAUCCUCAAGCCCCGACCGAAGAAGAGCAUCAAAACAAAGCGGUAACCAAGCUGCGUUACAUGCAGUUCAGAGAACUACAAUCGUCCACCUGCAGCCAAGGCUUUCGAUUGGAAGCGAUGAAAUGCCGAGGAUCGCCGCCAGUUACGGAUUUGAAAAAAGUCAAAUCCAGAGACGAAGUUCUGAACACGCUGGACAUGUUCCUCGCGGGUAGAGAGGACGUAAGACAAAGACUGUUAGCUCGACUUUGCGAGAUUAGAAGUAAAAUAGACCAGUCCGAAUACUUCAAGACGAGAGAAGUAAUUGGGAGUAGCUUGUUCAUCAUCUACGACAAUUCGAAAGUGGGAGUUUGGCUCAUCGAUUUUGCGAAAACUAAUAAGUUACCCGAAGGAAAGACUGUCAACCAUCGCACGCCAUGGGUACAAGGCAAUUAUGAGGAAGGAUUAUUAUUUGGAUUUGAUCGGCUUAUUUCGGUUAGUAUUAAUAUUUUUUAUUAUUCGGGAAACUCCAAAUUAUCACUAAAAUUCAUUUCUUAAUGAUGAAAUUGAAUG